AUGAGUAUCUCAGCUCUCGGAGGAGGCAGCAAAGGGAAGCCUCUCCCACCAGGCGAGGAGGAACGCAAUAAUGUCCUCAAGCAGAUGAAGGUUCGGACCACGCUGAAGGGAGACAAGAGCUGGAUCACCAAGCAGGAUGAGUCGGAGAGCCACACCCUUGAGCUGCCCUCAGGCCGGAGUCGUGCCAUAUCUUUUUCUUCAGCUGGGGAGGUCCCGAAGGCCAGGCCCCCGAGCGCGAGGGCUCCCACUGGCUAUAUCAUCCGGGGAGUGUUCACCAAGCCUGUAGACAGCUCGCCUCAGCCCCAGCAGCACUUACCCAAGGCCGACGGAGCUCCAAAACGGUGUAUUCCUUGCCUCUGCAGCGCUGCCGGGCCUCCCCGCCCCUCCUCCUCCGGCUACAGGAUGACCACAGAGGAUUACAAGAAGCUGGCACCCUACAACGUCAGGCGCAGCUCAGCGUCAGGGGCUGCUGAAGACGAGGAGGUGCCCUUCUCUUCUGAUGAGCAGAAACGGAGGUCAGAGGCUGCCAGCAGUGUGGUGAGGAAGACAGCUCCCCGGGAGCAUUCCUACGUCCUGUCGGCGGCCAAGAAGAGUGCCAGCAGCCUUGCCCAGGAGACACAGGCCCCGUUCAUCGCAAAGAGGGUUGAGGUGGUGGAUGAGGACGGGCCUUCCAAGAAAACCCAGGACCCACCUGCUCUGGCACGAUCCCCUCCCGGCUUGAGCAGUGCGGACGGGGGCAGAGCCAAACUGUCUCGGACGAUUUGGAUGGAGUGCACGCCCAGCCUGCCUAGCCCCGCUGGGACUCGGGAGCCCAGCGCAAGAGGUGAGGAGACUGUCCGCCUGCAGAUCACAACACCCGGGGCGGGACUCCGCCUGGUGGCCCCAGACCUGGAAGAAAUGAGGUCUUCCCCAGGCUCCAAAGACAACGAAGCCCCCAACCCCAGAGAGCCCAAGAGAGACUUGACUGGUGAAAGGGCCUUCAAGGGCCUUGGUGCAGACUCUGAAAGAUCAAGUGAUGGCAACGUGGGAUCCGGAGCCACGGGCUCCACACCUGAAGGCUUGGCCAGAGCAGACAUCAGCUCUGGGAGAGGAGGCUCUGGUGCCACUUCUGCCUCUGCUGUCCUGGCUGGCAGGAAGAGCAGCAGCCCGGCACACCUGGAGGACAUGGAGACGGACCCAAACGGUACCUUGGCUGAUUUUGAGGAAGAGAAUGUGGUCACCAAGGUGGGAGACGCCUGGCAGGGGAGGCCUGGAGCCCAGCAAGGUGACCGGGGAGACCCAGCUGCACCCACCCAUAAGCUGGCAGACCCCAGCAGCCCCGAGCAGCAGAGCAGCCCCAGGAAUCCUGACCAGCACCUGGAAGUGGACAGCCAGGCCAGCAGGGUGAGGAACCCCUCAAGCUGUCUGGCCACUGUUACUGUCACUGCCACCGCUGAGCAGCCUCAGGUGUACGUGCCAGCCUCCCCAGGUGAAUUGGAGUCUAACUCAAGCAGCAAAGGGAUUCUCUUUAUGAAGGAGUACGUGAAUGCUGGUCAGGUAUCUUCCGGGAAGCCACUGUCUGCAUUCUACAGCAGCGUCAGCAGCACUGGGGACUCACGCAACAUGGAGAAGAAACUCCCACAUGACAGUACUCCAUACUCUGAGAGAACAAGUGGAGGGGUCUGUACUUACUGCAACCAGGAGAUCGGAGACUGUCCAAAGAUUACCUUAGAACAUCUUGGCCUUUGCUGCCAUGACUAUUGCUUUAAGUGUGGGAUUUGCAGUAAACCGAUGGGUGAGCUUCUGGAUCAGAUCUUCAUUCACCGUGACACCAUCCACUGUGGGAAGUGCUAUGAGAAGCUCUUCUAG